AUGCUUCGAAGCAAACGCAGGUGGUUAGAGAUCGUCCUUAUUCAUAUCCUGAAGGCAGUUUCUCUAACCUUCUUUAUAGCCCGCCGAUUCUAUUAUGGCCCCAGUCAUACCGGCAAGCCUGGCAUCUGCUUCCCUAGGCAUGCGGGCUUCCUGCAGCAAUCAUCUAGCCUGGCCGCAGAGUACCUCGAUGUCGACACUGAUCUCUUUGCUUCUGACGAUGGGGCUCUCAUGUGGAAUUUCUAA